ACUCCAUCAAAAAUUAAAUCGAAAAUAUUGAUUUUAUAUCUAAGAUUUAUAAAUGGUAGCUCACAGCUUACGAAAACCGUAAAUAGCAAACAGAAAAUAACGAAUUAUCUUUAAAUUUAACCUCCUAGUCGAUAGCAAUUGCAUUAACAUCGAUAACAUUUUGCCGAGAUCUAGCUCUAUGCCUGGUCCAUCCCUACUUGCGAAUCUGAACCGGCGAAAUUGCAUUUCUUGCCAAUUGGAAAACAAAAACUUAAACAGCCCAAUGGACUACCAGGCCAUCGGGCAAUCGGAGUUGGAGCAGCUCUUCGGGAAGAAGUUUCAGUACCAGAAGCCACGAGGUAAAUGUUCCUGGCAGCUGCCUCCGCCUGAUCAAGCCCUCUUCGGCGAGUUCUACCAAUUCGAGGCGCUUCAAGGACUCCGCGAACAACUGAAUGCAGUGAAGAGCAGGCUGAACGACUAUGGAGUGCAGGAGUGGAGUGCUCACACCAACCGUAGAGAUCCCUCCGGCGAGGUGUCGUGGCGCCUGAAGAACGAGACAAAGGCUGAGUUCGUUACGGUGGCGUGGUGCAAAUUCUUUGAGUGCCUGCACCGCUAUCCCCUGGUCAAGGGCCCCGUGGUGAAUACUCUGCAUCUCUGCGAGGCGCCGGGUGCGUUUAUAGCGUCCUUGAAUCACUACCUGCACAGUACAUACACCGAGGAGAAGAUCAAAUGGCGGUGGCGCUCGACCACCCUGAAUCCAUACUACGAGGGCAAUGCCUUGAAUCAGAUGAUCACCGACGACAGAUUUAUCUUCCACACGCUGGACAACUGGCUAUUUCACAAGGAUCUCACGGGCAACCUAAUGGAUGUGUCCAACAUAGAGGAUUUGGCCGAGCGCUGUGCGCAAGACUUCAAAGGUCAGGUGGAUCUGGUUACCGCCGAUGGAUCCAUUGACUGUGCUGCCCAACCUGACUGCCAGGAGGAGAUAGUGGUUCGUUUGUUUUUCGCCGAGGUGCUCAGCGCUUUGAAAAUCCUGGCUGCAGGCGGCAACUUCCUGGUGAAGAUGUUCACGCUCUUCGAGGCCUGUAGUGUGUCGCUCCUGUACAUGCUGAACUGCGUCUUUGAGGAGGUGCACAUCUUUAAGCCCGCCACCUCGAAGCGUGGCAACUCAGAGGUGUACGUAAUCUGCCUGAAUUACCAGAAAGACACUGCAGCCGGCCUGCCCCGCUUGCUGGAGGAGUUGCAGACCAAAUUGGCAGAACCGAGUGACACUAUGGUGAUGCCUCUGUUUGCCAGGUCACAGAUCCCCGCUGAUUUUCUCAUGCAGCACGAGAUCGCCUGCCGGCUGUAUAUGAAGCUGCAGACGGACGCCAUCGAGGGCAGCAUCUAUGCGUACGAGUCCAAGGACCGCCACUACCUAAGGCACCUUCAUCACCUACGUGGCCUCGUCUCGAACACCUACUACAGUCGGUACAAAGUCAAGCCCUUGGCGGACAGUCGUUGCAUCGUUGACAAGGAGGCGACAAGCAAGUCCCUGGGUUUCUCGGUGCCCGUCUAUGGAGGCUCCUACACCGAAAGGGAGAGCCUGAAGCACGGGAUUAUCUUCAAGCAGAUCUACUGUCUGCGUCGCGAGUUAGGCCAGCUCGAAAAAUGCCCCAGUGGUAAGGCCUCUUACUCUUACACCUCCAAUCGAUCGUCGCCCCUGGAGCUGCGAAUCUCUAGGGGAGCGCCAGUGCAAAGCCUGCAGAGCAGCAUGUUUGCCUCGGAGCCAAUACUUCUGCUGCGUCUGCGCAUCCGCGACACCUUUUGUCUCGAUCCCGUUUGGCAAACGACGCCGCAUUGUCAGCUAGAUGACAAAAUACUCAACUACCAGCCACCUACAGAGGAUGAAAGCUAUCACUCUGCCCAGCGUCGGUUCUUUGUGAAGCUCUUGGAGAACAUAAGGGAUCUGCAGCCCCAGAGUGUUGUCUUCCAGAGGUUUCUCUUCCUCACCCACUAUGCUGCUUCCCUGCUGCUGUUCCUCAUGGAAACCCUUUACCAGGACUCAAACUUCGAAAGCAAUCCAACGCAAACCCUCACUCUCAGUAAUCCCAAGACCGCGGACGUCAAAGAGCUGACCAAGGUGCUGGACCUACUCAAGGAUGAGCAAGCGGGAGCCAUUCACAGCUUACUGGACAUCAAGGAGCUGCAGAAGAACCAGUUCAGCAACGCCCUCGUCCAGCACAACAACGGCGUGCUGAUGACCUGCCUCCGACGCAUGCUUGGCGAGGAGGCCUUUCCCGUGCCCGAGGUGGUCAUGCCAGAUACCCGCCUUGUCGUUUUACCAUAACAAACAUGUAUUUCUUCUCAUUUUGCAUAAAAUUACAGUGCUACUUUUA